AUGCAUCUCUCAUCAUGUUUGGUCUUCAUCGCCGGGAUUACAGGCGUUCGUGCUUUCUAUCCAUGGGAACUACGGGUGGAAUUGCGCGACGUUGACGACACCCUCGAACGCCGCUUCAUGCCGUGGAGUUUGAUCGAGGCCAAAACCGAUGACGACAUUAAACCACCGACUAUCAACCUCAAGAAAAUCCCCGUUCGCCGUGACAAUAACUACAAGAUCGUCGAAGCGUACACGCCAAAACUGAAGAACAGUGCACCACUGGACCAAGAUGGCACGGACUAUUCGUACUUUUCAUCCGUUUUUGUGGGCUCCGAAAAGACGGAGAUGUGGAUGGCUCUCGAUACCGGAGCUCCUAAUACCUGGGUCUUUGACUCCGAAUGCACGGAGGAAGUUUGUACUCGUCACCGCACUUUCGAUCGCUCCAAGUCCACCAGCUACACCACCGAGGACUCGACCUUCAGUUUAGGUUAUGGAAGCGGGAAUAUUACUGGAAAACUGGGAACAGAUACCCUCUCGCUUGCGGGCCUCGAAGUUCAGCAGGAAUUCGGCCAAGCCAAUUAUGCCUCCAAGACUUUUGAAAGCUACCCAUUCGAUGGAAUCAUGGGCUUAGGUCGAUCGCAGACAAAUGGGUGGAGUCUUCCCUCAUUCAUGGAUCUGGUCGCCAAGAAGAACUUGCUCAAGUCAAACUUGAUUGGAUUCAGUCUUUCUCGCGCAGAAGACGAUGGCAAGGAUGGCGAGGUGAACUUUGGCGGAGUCGAUACUACCAAAUUCGAUGGUACUAUCUCUUACACCACCACUGAUGCCGACAUUUGGAGUAUUCCUGUGGACGACGCUUAUGUGAAUGGCAAGAGCUGCAACUUCACUGGGAAAUCCGCCACUAUCGACACUGGUACCACCUAUCUCCUGAUUCCACCAUCAGACGCGGAGGUUCUCUUUGGCCUCGUCCCCGAUGCAUCGAAGCAAUCGAGCAACUCCAACAACCACAUCCUUCCCUGUAACUCAACUGCAACCAUCGAGUUCGAGUUCUCAGGUGUCAAAUAUUCCAUCUCUCCCAAAGACUAUGUUGGCAGCCCUGAAUCAGACGACUCUGAUUACUGCAUCUCCACCAUCGUCAGCUACGCAAGCAACGGCGCGAAUUGGCUCGUUGGUGAUGUGUUCCUGAAGAAUGUAUACACAGUUUUUGAUUUCGACAACGGCCAGAUUGGAUUCGGCCAACUUGCCUCAGCCUCUCAAUCGUCGACAACGGCGUCUUCCACCGCAUCCGCAGGAAAUGGCACAUUCACUGCACCCCCGGUCACUGGCACCGCUUCCUCUGGUGCCAGCGCUACCGAUGCCACUGGUACAACCGCAUCCUCUGCAGUGCCUACUAUCUCUGGCAGCUCUGCCUCCCAAUUUACCCGCAGCAUUAGCUGGUCUAUGCUCCCGGUCCUCCUCGGCGCCUUGAUUGUUUGA